AUGGCCGAGAUACAAGCGCGAGAGUCCCAAGAAGAUCCCGAAGAUUCAUUUCCGUGUAUAUAUGAAUCUGAUACCACCGCUAUUAAAACAUUUAUUCGAGAGAUGGUCACUCAAUCUGUUGUACCAUCGAUGGAAAGAUGUGUGGCAACGUGGAACGAUCAGGUAGCUUCGCGGCGAAGGGGUAUAAGCGGAAAAUUUAUGAGUUUAUCUAAGACUUUGAAGUGGGGAUCGUUUGGUUCUAGCUCACGAAGUACUUCCACAAAUUCGAUGGGAUCUGGUAGUAAUUAUGAUGCCUUGCAAGGGUUUUAUCGACCGGAUUCGCCUGAAGCAUUAAUGCGGAAACUGGCAGACUACUCGUUCAUGCUUCGAGAUUGGAAAUUGGCUCAGCAAAUUUAUGACUUUUUGCGGUCCGAUUUCACUAAUGAUAAAGCAUGGAAGUAUCAUGCAGCAGCGAAUGAAAUGGCCGCUAUUAGUACCCUCAUGAUGCCUAAUGCUAUAAGCGCCAAAACACGUACGGAAACGAUCGAUUUGAUGCUCGAGACUUCAUCGUAUUCAUAUAUGACGCGAUGCAGUGCCCCAUAUGGAGCCCUACGCUGCUUGACGCUUGGAAUGGAGCUUCUUAGAGUGAGAGGUGGUUCAGCUACAGGCGAUGCAGCAAGAUGGGGCUCUAGACUUCUUGAACACAAAAUUGUGGGUCCUAUUGGGGAUUCAUUGUUCAAGGAACGUGUCGCGGUAUGUUAUGGGUCGAAGAAGGGGCAUGGAGUUGGUCUUUGGGGUAACAGAACGAGGAAAUCUGCUAUGUGGAGUAUCAUGGCAGCUGAAGGUUGGCUCAGCCUGGACAAGCCCCAUCAAUCGAAAAAGAGUCUGGAUGAUGCUCUUGCGAAAUAUGCCACAUUGACGAAUAAAGAUGGUCUGAUGUAUUUCUCGGAAGCGAAUGGAUUCAUUCAAAAUCUUGAGAAUGAGAUCGAAAAUACUUUAUACCCAAUUACCGAGUCACAGGCAACAAUCAUGCCAGACGACGAUGGAAUAGAAACAACAAUGGGAGAAGAAAGUGAAGCUUUUAAUUCUCGUCCACAUCGAAGAAGCCUAGUGGGCGGAGUAGCACCGCCUCCUGUUGCGAGUCUCGAAUCAGCUCCUUUGCAUGGGACUCUGAUAGAAGCGGAAGAAAAAGAUCAGCUUGUUACGAGUAACGAUUUUGAACAAGAAUAA